UCAACCUUCAUACAACCUCCCUCCUAGCGGACAGUGAUCUGAUUUGUCUUCGCCUCGAAUUUGUGGCUAUCGAGGUCCGUGAGAUAGUCUUUGGCACCAUCUCGUGUUUACAAAGCCAUCCGCGAAGAUCCUAUAACUCCUCCUCACCACUAUGGCGCCGCAGAAGAUCAUUAUCGAUACGGAUCCCGGAGUGGACGAUGUUUUGGCCAUCCUCAUGGCUCUAGCGUCACCAGAAGUGGACGUGUCACUCAUUUCUAUAGUGUUUGGCAACACACAUGCCCCAGGAGCUCACAGCAAUCUGCUCAAGAUAUAUCAUCUGCUGGCUCAAGAGGUCGCGGCUGUUCCAGCCGCUGCGGCAAGAUAUCAUCGACUCGAAGGUCAAACCAAGACCAGAUUAGCUCUAGGUGACGAUUCGCCCAUCGGUGGAGAGAAAGCGGUAGCUGCGUAUUUUCACGGUCUCGACGGUCUUUCUAAUAUCUCUGAGACCCAUCCUGAAUUCACCCCUCCGCCAUUGGAUCCUGGAGCGGUGCAUGCUCACCUGGACAUCCUCAAGACACCGGCACAUGAGGUCAUAUUAGAGACUCUGAAAUCCGAGCCCGAAGGCACAGUGACCAUCGUUGCUUUGGGACCAUUGACAAACAUUGCACACGCGUAUCAAGCCGACCCUGUCACUCUCGCCCGUGUUCAUUCGGUCGUCUGGAUGGGCGGGGCACUGGAUCAUCCUGGCAACACAUCUCCCGUGGCUGAGUUCAACUGCUUUGCGGACCCCUACGCCGCGACAAUCAUCAUGGAAGCGUGUAAGGCUGGAGAGAUCAAAUUGGUCAUUGCGCCGCUAGACAUCACCACACCUCACACGAUCCCAUUCUCCGAUCUCAUCGAUCCGUCGAUCGGUAUACCACCUUCUGAUUCAUCAGGGCAGUCCUCAAAGCUUUCUCCACCAGGACCUCUGAAGACAUUUAUAUCGCACAUGCUGAGCCGCGUUCGUGGACUGCACGUCAGUUUUGGCUUACCCGAUGCGAUGGAGAUGCACGACCCCUUGGCCGUGUGGUACGCUCUGUCAAAUGCCUCUCGAGCACCGCUGGAUACAGCUGAGGGCUGGCAUCUCAGACCGCGGGACUUCAAAGUCGAACGUAAAGGAGAGUUCACAAGAGGGAUGUGCGUGGUCGAUAGAAGAGGGACAACCGAAGAUCAGGGAGAGAACAGGGCCUUUGAUCUUGCCAAGGAGCAUAACGCCAAUAAGACCGAAGCAUCUGCUGUAGACAAUGGAGAGAGGGAUAGGGAUGGGUCGAAGAUCGUUAAGGCUGGUCAUUUACCCAUGGUGAUCGUCAAAACGCCGGGCAAGGAGGUCUUGAGAAGCUUACUGCUGGAUCGAGUUUUUGGUCAGACAGUUUGAACCAUGGAUCUGCCUCGCGCAUCUCGCCUCAUUGGCCCCUCCACUCCAUCAGCAUAUUGUAUCUCAUGCAUGGUUGCAGUCGAAUGCCGGCUGG